AGCAUUUAGCAAACGUUAUAUGUGUCGGAAGGAAGAGAAGAGUGUGUGUGUUGUGUGUGAGAAAGAACCUCUCUCUCUCAUUUGUUUCGGUUUGGUCGUGCCCACUGUCCUGUUUGUUUCGGUUUCUGUUUUCCUUUGAAAGCAGAAGAAUCAAAUCAAAUCAAUCCUUCACCGUUCGUUCAUUCGUUCAAUUCAAUUGAAUUCCUUUCCUUCGGUUUUUCUUUUUUUUUUCCCCUCAAAAAUAAAAAAUCGGAACUUUGCUUUAAACGUGGAACCCCACCCUGAGAUUUCGCCCCCAGAAUCUUGAUCCCUUUAUCCAGAAGGGUCCUUGUUGGUUUUUUUCCCAUUGGGGUUCUUGUUGUUGUGGUUCAUUGCUCGUGGAAAAGAAAUGGCGACGAGUAUAGGGAUAAUGGAUAGCGCUUACUUUGUCGGCAGAAACGAGAUUCUCAGUUGGAUCAACAAUCGCCUUCAACUUAGCCUCUCUCGCAUUGAGGAGGCUGCAUCCGGUGCUGUACAAUGCCAGAUGAUGGACAUGACAUAUCCAGGGGUUGUUCCAAUGCACAAGGUGAAUUUUGAUGCAAAGACUGAGUAUGAUAUGAUCCAGAACUACAAAGUUCUACAGGAUGUGUUCAACAAGCUGAAAAUUGAAAAGCAUAUUGAAGUUGGCAGGCUUGUUAAAGGUCGACCUUUGGACAACCUGGAAUUCCUACAAUGGCUGAAACGCUACUGUGAUUCUGUAAAUGGUGGCAUUAUGAAUGAGAACUACAAUCCUGUAGAGCGUAGGAUUAAGGGUGGAAAGGACCGGAAUGUUAAGAGUCUAAAGAGCUCAAAAUCACUGCAAACAAAUACUAUGAAUCAUUCUGGUUCAGGCGACUCACUCAGGUCCAAGCAAUUGAGGUCAAGUGGAGGAGCUGACGGGGUUAAUUCUUCAGCAGAGAUACAAGCUUUGUCCAAGCAGGUUUCUGAUCUUAAACUCUCAGUGGAUCACUUGGAAAAAGAAAGAGACUUUUACUUUGCAAAACUAAGGGAUAUAGAAAUUCUCUGCCAGGCUUCAGAACUAGAGAACGAUCCUAUGUCUCUAGCAAUCAAGAAGAUUCUGUAUGCUGCUGAUGCAAAAGGAUCAGCAUUAGAUGAAGCUCAGGAGUACCUUAAUGAUGUCAUCAAUGGCGGUGAAGAUGAAGCUGAAGCAGAAGCAGAAGCUGAAGUAGAAACCGAAGCCUGAUUAUGAUUACUCUUACAAAUAGAUCCUGGCCGGUCCUUGUUAAACAAGCUUAGUUUCAUCUGUGAUGACUGAGACUGGUAAUCUGCCAUGGCCAUGAAUUACCUAAUGACAUAGAUGUAGUUGUAUGGAUCCUUUUGUUUUCUUCUUGUGAGCCUGGAUGGAUAAUCAGAUAUUCUGGUUGAUGUUUCCAAUAAAUAAAGUUUUAUCUCAUUGUCCUUUAUAUCAAUUCAAAAGAACUUCAUAAUGAACUUUGUUUUGAAAUGGAUGUGUUCAACUUCAACCAAUGUAUUUCGUAUUUC